UAUAAAUUGAAAAACUGGAUGAAAAUUGCCAUCGCAGUUUCAAGAACUUGGGUUUUUGCGGUAGCAGUUUGUAUGAAUGUGCAAUAUAUGCAAAUUUCUUGAUGAUAUCGGCUAUAAUAUACCCUGCACUGGUUAACUAUUUAUGAGCGAUUGAUAAAUCAUCAUAACUCAAUAUCGAUAUAGAAAUAGAAAGGCGUGCAGCUCUCUGGUAUUUCUGCAGGAUCGUUCAAAGGCAUUUCUACUCAGAGGAUGAGGAAAUUAUUAAUUGCGAUUUUCGGAAGUGUUUUCCUGACAACUGUGAGGUCAGUAGAGAAUAUAAGGCUGGUAGGGGGCACCACUGAAAAUGAAGGUCGUGUUGAAAUACAAGUCGAUGGCGUCUGGGGAACUAUUUGUGACGAUCACUGGGACCUAAGAGACGCCAUAGUUGUCUGCAGAGAACUCGGCCUUGGAAUAUCUAGAGAUCCAAUUGUACAUAAGAAUGCUUACUUCGGGGAAGGCAGUGGGCCGAUUCAUAUCAGAAGUCUGAAGUGUAAAGGAACAGAGAACAGCUUUGAAGAAUGUGAAGAGGAGAAAACUGAACCGUGUAAACACGUUGAAGAUGCCGGAGUGACUUGCAUGCCAGAUGAGCCAACCAUCAAAUCGCGUCUUGUCUAUGGUAACCCUAACUAUGGCCAGCUAGAAAUAUACCGUGGCGGCAAGUGGAACGGCGUUUGUGCUAGGACUGGUGACGACGAAUUCACCCAAGAAGACGCUAGUGUCGUUUGCAAAGAGCUUGGAUUCAGUGGGACAGCAGCCGCGUCGACCAGCGAUGUCUUCCCAAUACUACGCUCUUCUGGACUCGAUAUAGAGUAUUUCAUGCAGGAAUUCGAUGUUCUCCGCCAGGUGACUCUGUCGGCUGGGUGUCAAGGUGACGAGGAUACAUUAGAUGAAUGCAAUCCGACAGUCAAUGAAGAACUUGAAAAAUGCAGUGAAAGAAUAGUGAUAACAUGUGGAGAGGUCAAACAAGAGGACACAGUUAAGCUCGUUGGAGGUGACACUCAGGAACGGGGAAACUUGCUGGUGUUAAAACAAGGUAUAUGGUUGCCACUCUUGGACUACUUGUUCAAUGAGGAUAUGGCGAAGAUAGUCUGCAGACAACUUGGCAAUUCCGUCACAGAGGCGCCAUAUGGCUACAGCACCGGCUACUUCGGGAAGAGUGAAAGUUUACUAUUCUGGGCUACUGCAGGAACACGAAUGUGUGAUGCAAAUGACGCCGAGAUUCAAAGCUGUAUCUGGGGAGACACAAAUCGAGAAAGUUACUAUCGUCAUGGUGCUGGUGUUGAUUGUAAUCCGACCGGAAAUGCUCAGUAUAGGUUAGUAGGCGGGAAUGACGAUUCUGCUGGUAUAUUGGAGGUCCUGCAUGAUGGAGAAUGGGGAACGAUUUGUAAUAACUCCCGGCUACCGGUGAAAUCCGGAGUGUGCUCAAGUCUUGGAUACAAAGAUGAAGACAUUAGAUUUGUUGAAAGCCAAGGGUUCGCCAAUUCCGGUUCAAAAGUUUGGCUCUCUGGAAUGUUCUGCUUCGGUGAUGCGCCGUUACGUUGGUGUGCACACAAUGGUUGGGGAGUCACCGAGGGUUGUGACAAGAACCAGAAUUCCCCGAUUGCCGUGUCAUGUAGCUCUUUAUUAAAAGAUGAUAUUGAGUCGAAAUGUGCCAAGGCUCUGUCACAGGACUACAAACAAGUUGGAACAUGUACAAAUGAAGCUGAUGACCUGACAGUCUGUAUGUUGAGGUGUCGAGGUCCAUCCACGUUUACCACCGCUUUACAAGGGAAAACAUUUGCAUGCGGCAAAUCUGUCAACUAUGAAUGGUUUAAAUAUGAUAAUGGUGUAGUGGAUAACGAUUUCAAACUUCCCGAAUGCACUCGGAUAAGAAAGAAAAAACGCUCCAAGAAGACUCGAUAUCAAGGAUGAAGUGGUCAAAGAUGACUAAUUCUGUAAAAACAUGCACAGGGAGACGAUCCAAAAGCCACAAAAUUUACAAGAAUGUCUUGAGGAAAAUGACCAGUUAUUCAAUGUACUGAUAAACGCAUGUUAAUAAAAUGAAAUAAAAUUUAGAUCAAA